AUGAGCGUCACCGUUGACGCGCUAUACAUUUUCGAUGAUCACAACAACUGUGUGUUAGAGCACGUCUACAAUGGACGCCCUCCGUCGGCGCAGACCCUCAUUUCCAGCUUCAUCAGCCGACCAUCCCCUCGCCCUUCCAUCCUGCAGCUGUCAGACCUCGCUCCUCCUGUGACGGCCUACUCGGUAUCUCAUGCGGCACUCCUUCUGGUCGCAGCCUCGAGCAAAGAUGUCCAGUCCCUUGCAAUUCUGGACUUCCUGUACCGGCUGGUGGAUGUGUUUGAGGACUUUCUCGGCAGUCCCCUGCUAGCCAACAAGAUAGAGGACAACUAUGAGAUCGUGGCGCAGCUACUGGUCGAAAUGUGCGACGGGGGUAUUGUAUGCAACACAGAGCCCAAUGCGUUGCGGGAGUCGGUUGAAGUGUCCUCGGUCUUAGGAAAGCUGUUUACACACGUUGGGCUACCUGGAUCUUCACCCGCACUUGGUCCUACAAACGGUUUAGCAUCGAGUUUGCGACCAACCAUUACCCCGUCAUUGGGCCCGGCAAUUCCAUGGCGCAAAUCCAACGUUCGGCAUACCUCGAACGAGCUGUACGUGGACAUAGUCGAAAGCUUAUCGAUUGUCUUCGCGCCCUCUGGCCGCCCCAUAUCUGCUAGGUCUAAUGGCUCUAUCGCAUUCACUGCGAAGAUCUCAGGAGUUCCCGAUCUUUUAUUGACAUUGGCCGCACCCGGAGGUACUAGCAGCGAUAAAACCUCGGGGAUACUCCGAACUAUGCAACUACCGGUUUUUCAUCCUUGUGUUCGGCUAGCAAGGUGGAAAGAUAGUCCUGGGGAGUUGUCGUUCGUUCCGCCAGAUGGCCGGUUCAUGCUAGCAGGCUACGAGACCGAUUUGAUGCCUUCCAGUCUCAAUACCGACCAGCCUCCCACCAAGAGUGACAAGAUAUUCCUACCUGCCACUGUGGACCUGAGGCCUGGACUUGGUGGUUCAGGCUCCGAGUUCGAAGCUCGAUUGACGUUGAACACCAAUUUUCCAGGUGUCGCAACCACGGGAAAAUCAAGCACUUCCCGAGGAGGGUUGGGACCAAUUCCUUCGCUGUCGUUCGGUGGAAGUGGCGGGCAUUCACAGGCUCCUUCAUUGGAAGCGGUUGUGGUUACCAUCCCGUUUCCUGUCGAUGUUCGAAGUGUCACGGAGCUGAAGCCGUCUCGUGGGGAAGCCAACUUCAAUGCCUUUGACAAGGUGGUUGAAUGGAAAGUCCCAACCAAAGAGGGCGGGUCAAUCAAUGGAGUGGCCACCUUGACCGGCACGGUAGCUGGGCCGUUGAGUGCCACCGAUACCGACGACGACCAGUUUUCGACUGCUGAAGUCGGCAAAAUAAACACAAUGGCCGGGUACUACGAAGACGAUGCCAUAACGAACCAGGACGAGACAGAGGCUGUCAUGAAUGGUAACAAUGGAAGUUCAAAGAAACUACAUGCGAACAAGGCUCUGAUGCCUCGGUCGAUCUCAGUGUCGUUCAAUGUUAAAGGUUGGCUUCCGAGCGGGAUCAAAGUCGAUGGCUUGAUUGUCGACGUCAAGAAAUCCAAAGGCCUGGGCGACGGAGUGAGACCGUACAAGGGAGUCAAGUAUCUCACAGUGAGUAGAGAAGGAGUCGAACGACGAGUGUGA